GUUAUCUGGAGACGAAUACGAAAAAUCUCAACCAAGCCGCAAAGAGAAAAGCCUGGGCUUGCUGUGUCACAAGUUCUUAGCUCGAUAUCCCGAUUAUCCCAGCACCGUCGAGAAUAAUUACAUCUGCCUUGACGAAGUAGCAGAAGAGCUUAAUGUUGAACGUAGGCGCAUAUAUGAUAUUGUGAACGUGCUUGAGAGCCUACACAUGGUGAGCCGCCUUGCCAAGAACAGAUACGCUUGGCACGGGCGACACAACCUCACCAAAACCCUGCAAACCUUGAAAAAAGUUGGAGAAGAGAACAAAUAUACACAACAAAUAGAGAUGCUCAAGAAGAGAGAGUACGAGCAUGAAUUUGACACGGAUGGAGAAGGAAAUGAAGAAAUGGCAAGAUCGUUUGGCUCAGUUGAGCACUCAGAAAUGUGCUUUGUUGAGCUCCCAGGGAUGGAAUUUCGUGCUGCAUCAGUAAAUAGCAGGAAAGACAAGUCUUUACGAGUGAUGAGCCAGAAAUUUGUGAUGCUGUUUCUUGUGUCAACUCCUAAAAUAGUAAGCCUUGAAGUUGCUGCUAAAAUCUUAAUCGGAGAAGACCAGUUUGAAGACUUAGGUAAAAGCAAAUUCAAAACCAAGAUUCGGAGACUUUACGACAUAGCAAAUGUUCUCAGCAGCCUUGAGCUUAUCAAGAAAGUUCAUGUUACAGAGGAAAGAGGUAGAAAACCGGCAUUCAAGUGGACAGGACCUGAGGUCUUGUCAAAUGCUCGGGACACAAAACUUGAAGCCACCUCUGCAACCUGGGUCCCACAUAUCUCCAAAUCCAUCACUUCUAAAGAGCAGUGUUCAAAAAAUCUUUUUCCUUCAAGAGUCAAGCAAACCUUUACACGGCACCCAUCUCUAAUAAAGUUAGUUAAAAGUAUAGAAAAUGACAGAAGGAAGAUCCAGUCUGCUCCGACCAGUCCCGUUAAAAUAAGCGCAAGUAGUGAUGAAAAUUUAUCAACUGUCCCAAGUAAAAUGGCUCAGCUUGCAGCUAUCUCUAAACAUCACCUCGAAGGACAAGCAAAGAGCGCAGAGGAGACGCCAGGGCAAUGGGCUCUGGGCUGCGCGCCGCGCUCGCCCCCGCUGGCCCCGGUGCUGCUGCCCCCCGCCCAGGCGGGCGUCUCGUACGCCCUCUACUUGCACCCGCCGCAAGCGCCCGCGGGGCCAACGUACAGCCCCAGCCUCGUGCUGCAGCCUCUACCCUGCUCCAACGCCCCUGGGAGCAAAAGCAUCGAUUCCAAAGGACCCAAUGGACCCACCACGGCGGGAGGAGAGGAUCACGUAGCGAAAGAAGAGCCCAGAAGUGUCCUGGCGGCUACUGACAGACCAGCUGGACAGCCUGAAACUGUGUCCCACAAGUGCCUUAAAAGAUCACAAGCAUUAGAAGAAAAUAGUCUGAUUAAAAGGUGUAGAAGUGAUGACAAGAGCCCAGAUACUCCUCUGGGAGAAUCAUUAAAAGUGGAAAAACUGCCUUCUAAUGGUUUGCAGGUUAAGCAUGAAACAGACACUUCCCAGAAAGAGAGACAAAACAAAGUUGAAAAAUCGGAUCAAAAUGUGGCAGGUUGCUGUGACCAAUGCAAGAGAGAAGCCAUUCCAGAAGAGGAGGAUAGAACCAAAGCUAAACAAGAAAUACCUUUGACUUUUGCCACUCCUGCUCCUGAGACUUCUUUUCCAUCUCGCUAUCUUAUUCCUUUUCCUCAGUGCAUCCACCAUGGCACCAAGGCAGGUUUCUGCAACAAAGAGAAAGCUGGAAUGUGCCUGUUACAACAUGCUACCUACGGCUCCCCCAUUGCUGGUGUGAUUCCCGUGACAGCACCUGAGCUGAAAACAGUUAACAUUCCUGUUUUCCAUAUAACACCCUUGAACAUAAUGCUGUCGCCCACCUCUCUAGCUGCUGCACCUGUGCUGAGCAACUCCUGCAUCAUUUCAAGCACCACAAGCUCUGCCCAGGCCCCAGGCUCCUCAGUUCUGAACUUCACGCUGCAACAGUUAGGACUGAUACCUGCUGGGGUGCACGUCCCUGCCAAUCCUGUUCUUCAGCACCUGACAAUCUCCUCAAACCCAGAAAGUGUUAGCCAUAGCUCAGAAAACAUAAACUUGAAAGACGAGAAGCCAAGUGGUCCAAAGGAACCCCAAGAGCUCCACGCAGUGAAAGAAAACUUUUUCCGCACACCAGGAGGGCCAAACACAGUAUCUUCAUUUUCUGCAAAUUCAGAUGGUACGGAUGCAAUUUCUCAAGGAACCUUGUACAUUCCUCAAAGAAAACUUGAAGUGGCAGAAGACUGA